AAUGAGAAUAUGAGAUACACAAAACCCUAUCACGCAAACUUACAUUUUAUUCUUUCUUCCCUUCAAUUUUCCACACUCAACACUCUUUCAGUCUUUCUAGCUUUCUUCAUACUUCACAUUUCAUCUCCCCUUUGUCUUGGUCCUCCUUUGUCUCUUUACGCCGUGCUCCCCACUUUCACAAACUUCACCACUACCAUUCUUUUCUCUCUCUCUGAAAUUCGUCGACUUUAACACUUUGCACACUUUUACAAUCAACCAAAAAUGGCAGCUUCUUCAAUGCAUUUCCAUGGCGUCAAACCUAUUCUCAACCCUAAACUAUCACCAAAUCCAACUUCUAAACCUUCAUUUCGGAAUUUCAAUUUCAAAUUCGGAUUCAAUCAAUCUUCAUUAACGAUUGCGAACAAGAACAAACCAUCAACCUCUAGAAUAACUUGUUGUUUACAGGUAGAAGAACGACAUAUUCAACCUCAAUCUCAGAGUAAUGCAGAUGAUGAUAAAGAAGAUCAUGAAUUCUCAGUAGUAAUGAAGUUUGGAGGAUCAUCAUUAGCUUCAGCUGAGAGAAUUAAGGAAGUUGCGCAACUUGUUCUCAGUUUUCCUGAAGAAAAUCCUGUUGUUGUUCUCUCUGCUAUGGGCAAAACCACCAACAAUCUCCUUAAUGCUGGCGAAAAGGCGGUAAGUUGUGGUGUUUCUAAUGCCUCUGAUAUCCCUGAGCUCACCUGUAUUAAAGAUCUUCAUGCUAGGACAGUUGCCGAGCUCGGUAUCGAUAUAUCUGUUGUAUCUUCGCAUUUAGAGGAAUUAGAACAGCUACUUAAAGGUAUUGCAAUGAUGAAGGAGCUCACUUUGCGUACUAAAGACUAUCUUGUUUCAUUUGGAGAGUGUAUGUCUACCAGAAUUUUCGCGGCGUAUAUGAACAAAAUUGGUGCUAAAGCACGCCAAUAUGAUGCAUUUGGUGUUGGCUUUAUUACAACGGAUGACUUUACCAAUGCGGAUAUUUUGGAAGCAACCUAUCCAGCUUUAGCGAAGAGGUUUUAUGAUGACUGGGCUGCUGAUCCCGCAAUUCCUGUUGUCACAGGUUUCCUUGGAAAGGGUUGCAAGUCUGGUGCUAUCACAACACUGGGCAGGGGUGGCAGUGAUUUAACAGCUACAACCAUCGGCAAAGCACUGGGCUUAAGGGAGAUACAGGUAUGGAAAGAUGUUGAUGGUGUUUUAACCUGCGAUCCAACGAUAUAUUCUCGAGCUCAACCUGUACCAUACUUGACAUUCGACGAGGCAGCCGAGCUUGCUUAUUUUGGGGCACAGGUUUUGCAUCCGCAAUCAAUGAGACCUGCUAGAGAAGGGGAUGUUCCUGUCAGAGUGAAAAAUUCCUACAAUCCUAAAGCACCAGGGACACUAAUCAACAGGACACGUGAUAUGAGUGAGGUUCUACUGACUAGCAUAGUGUUGAAGCGGAGUGUUACCAUGUUGGAUAUAGUUAGUACUCGUAUGCUCGGUCAGUUUGGAUUCCUAGCAAAGGUAUUCUCAAUAUUUGAGGAUUUGGGGAUCUCUGUUGAUGUUGUUGCCACUAGUGAAGUUAGUAUAUCACUGACAUUGGAUCCAUCAAAGCUUUGGAGCAGAGAACUUAUUCAGCAGGCAAGAGAACUGGACCGUGUAGUGGAGGAGCUGCAAAAUAUUGCAGUUGUCAAUUUGCUGCAGAAUAGAUCUAUUAUAUCCCUCAUCGGGAAUGUGCAUUAUUCUUCUCUAAUUUUAGAAAAGGCCUUUCAUGUUCUUCGAACUAACAAUGUGAAUGUCCAGAUGAUCUCGCAAGGGGCUUCAAAGGUUAACAUAUCUUUGAUAGUAAAUGAUGAUGAAGCUGAAAAAUGCGUUAAGGCACUUCAUUAUGCCUUUUUUGAGAGCGACGAUGUUCCUGGAAUGCAUCUCAGUGCUGCAACGACUGGAAAUGGCUCAGCAGCUCGCUUAGAUAACUGAUAUGUUUUGAGCUCUUUUCCACUCACAGCACGUUGAUUCAAUGAUUUUUUCUUGGCUUACUGCACCUUUGUAUGAGACGAAACCAAUCUUAUGGAGUCCUGAAGCUGCAGUUAUUAAAGGCCUCAUUGUUUGGCGAUGUGGGGGGAAAUUUCCCAUGUACUAUUGACUCAGAGUUGAGCUUUUUUGUCUGGUGUGAAAGCUGUAGUAUUUGUAUUAGAACUUAGAAUCCUCUAUUGUUGUCCUAUUUAAAAGGAAAGUAGUCAUUUUGGUAAUCUGCUCCUAUUUUAUUUCACAGUAACUUAAAAUU